GCCAGGUUCACUUGCCACCUUGUCAGUUUCUGCAGGCGAUGGAUACGGCCGGCAAUUUGAGGCUUCAUCUUUCUUUGUCUUUUAAAUAUCUCCAUAGAGAUUACAAGCACCAGCAAUUCUCAUUUUAAUGAGAAAGCAAGGACUAUAAUUUUGUUCUCCCUACUGAUAUGCACUGAAGUCUUGCAAAGCAUGGAUGGGGAAAAGGAAACAUAACUGGUGAAAAUGGAGGGUAUAUUGCACAAAUGGACAAACUAUUGGAAUGGGUGGCAGCCACGUUGGUUCAUCCUGGAAGAUGGCAUCCUGUCCUACUACCAGUCCAAGGAGGAUGUCUCCAAGGGCAGCAAGGGCUCCAUCAAGGUGUCCGUGUGCGACAUCGGCGUGCACGCCACGGACAGCACGCGGCUCGACCUGACCAUCCCGUCCGAGCAGCACUACUACCUGCGCGCCGGCUCGGCGCAGCAGCGCCAGCAGUGGCUGAUCGCUCUGGGGUGCGCCAAGCAGGCGACACCGGCACUGAUAACGUGCGCACCCAAGAAGUCCGAGCUGCGGCUGUACUGUGACCUGCUGAUGCAGCAGGCGCACCAGGUGAAGACGGCGGCCUCCGACCCGGACGGACCCCAGCUGCAGCAACUGGAGGAGGCCACCUCGCUGCUGGGCCCCACGUGCGACACGUUCAUACGCACGCUGGAUGAGUGCAUGGUGCUGAUCGCGCGUGCCACGGCCGGC